ACUCUGCUCCACUCGCCGUAUUCAGACCUUCCACCCGCCGUCACGUUUCACGCCAACAUCGACCGCUCCACAAACAGCUCUCCUCCAGAGCUGCACACACCUGCUGUCGCCCUGCCGAGCUUGCAUUCUGCCCGCGACCCUCUGCCCACAGGUGACAUGAAAUCAUAGACUCGCUGCAGUCUCCCAUCCAGUGCUCUCAGAGCGCACCAAUUGUUCAACCGUCCUGUCUCAACUCAAAUCACUCACAAUGGAAACAUACCACGGCCACGUCCGCACGCCCAACGAUGCAAUCCUGCUCUUCGAGGCCUGCCGCAUAGGGUUGCUCCCGCGCGUACAGCGACGCCUCUCUGAGAAGGAGCGCCAGCAGAUCAAGUCUGGCUCCGUGUUCGUCUGGGAUGAGAGGGAAGCAGGCAUGCGGCGGUGGACCGAUGGCAAGUCGUGGAGCGCGAGUCGCGUGUCAGGCAGCUUCCUGACCUACCGGGAGAUGGAGGGCAAAAGAGGUGGCAGCAACCUGAACCAGCCGGCACCGAAGCGUGCAAGCGGGAAGUCACCCGAUGGCUCAGCAACUGGCGAUUCUGAAGGCGAGGGUCCGGACGGCUAUCGCUACAAGCCAGACGGUCUCAUGAAACAAUCAUUCAGCAUCACCACCUCCAGCGGACAACACCUCCACCUCAUCAGCUACUACUCGCGAUCAAACUCGAUGCCUCUUCAACAGCCGUCCACCGACAGCUCGCUCCGGCACAUCCGCCCUCCUAAGAACAUGUAUCCGGAAUCCACCGUCAAUGAGACCCAGCCCGUUGCGGCCGUGACGCGCGGCCCGUUGCCUGGAUCUCCGUACGCGCAGUCACCGCACCAGAUGCCGACGUCACCCUAUUCACGACCAGGGCCCCCGCAACAACCCGUAUACGUGCCUGUCUACCACCCGCCUACGCCUCCCAGCGGCACGCCGCCGUAUCAGCACGCUUACUACGGGCAGCCCCAUUACCCAUACUUUCAGUAUGCUCCGCUCAUUUACGCACCCCCAGGAUAUCCUCCGCAACCCGGCCAUGUCUUUGACCGACCUCCACCACAAAUGGCUCACCCUGGUAUUCCUCACCCGCCGCCGGGACAUGUCGCGAUGGCGCCACACCCCGGCCAUCACCCGCAGUAUAUCCAGCAACCCCCACCGCACCCUCUUCAGAGACCUGAGCUGGUGCAAAGGCCGACUGGCCCUAUCCCUCCUGCUCCUCCCGCUGCUCCGAUCCCCGAGCAAGGACCGCAGCUACCGGCCAUCAACAGCACCACUCCCACAUCAGCCCACCGGCCUCCGACGCCGCAACCUUCCGAGCCCCAGUCCCAAGGAUCUUUGGCGCCGCCAGAGCCGAACAGCGCCGCGAACGAGCCAUCCCCAGCACGGACAAUUCCGAAGAUCGGAUCGAUCCUCAACAACCACGAGCAGAGCGGCGACAACCAGAACAACAGCCGGUCAGGUAGCCGAAGCCCUAACGGAACUCAGCCCCCAAUCAGGGAACUUCCUCCGGACAGGCUGGCAAGCAUGAGCACCGCGACCGACUCACGCGCGCUCGACAAGCUCAACAGGAACAUGUUCGUCCGGACAUGAUUCCAUUUUCUCUUGCAACCCUUUCUUUCUUCCGAUAACAUUCACAUUCUUCACGGGAGACAUGGCUGUGUUUCCUGUACGUACGAAAAUAUGGUGCGGACUUUUUAUCGCAUCAUCACGAGCAUUUGAGCGGCGUUACUUGCAUGCCAAAAGACUGGCCUGUUUACGGAAAUGGAACAGCCUACCAGGCUGCGGA